AAGCUCGCACAGAGACCGAGGGCUUGUUUCUGAGGGCGACCAUGGAGAACGGCAAACCAGAUGACCAAGAAAAAGACAUGGAUGAGGUGAACUUGCAGAUUGCACAGCUGCAGGCCCUGACGGCAGAGCUGAGGAGCGGGCUGGUGGGGGCACUAGAGGACCUCUCCACCCUAAAACAGAGAGACAGCAGCCUGGAGGAAAAGAUGAGAGGCCACCAAAGUGACAUGGAGGAGAAAAUACUGGGCCUAAGGAACUCCCUCAACACAUUCAAGGAGGACCUCAGUGCUGCCCUGUCCCAGAUCAAAGAGGUCAACUGCAGGCACAGAGAGCUUCAGCAGAGCUUGGAGCUGUUCCACAUGGAGGUGGGAAGAGAGCGCGUCUCAGUCCAGCAGAGGAAAGGCUCGAAAGGGGAUUUUUCAUCCGACGGCCACAAGUUUCUCUCCAGCGAGACGGAGCUCAGCGUCAUCCAGCACUACUUCGCCAGUCUGCCCAACAGCUCACCACAGAGAAGCACAACAUCCACACAAACGACGAGCUCGGAGCAGGAGUCUGGUUGCCACCAGCAGCAGGUGGGCCAGUCCAAGUCGCCGGUGUGGAGGGAACGGAGGGGCAGUGCAGACAACACUGAGGGACAGCUGCCUCAGGAGAACAGCAAGAGACAGAUGGCUGCCCUGGAGCUGCUGGAAUCGGAGAGGGUGUAUGUCUCUUACCUGUCCCUUCUGCUCAAGGCCAACAUCACCUUCAAUGGGUCUGAGGCCAUACAUCUCAAAGACAAAAGGCCUUUCCCCAGCUCUCUGCGCUUCCUCAUCCAGCAGCACCUGGAGCUCCUCCACAUUCUGCAGGAGCGCGUGCUCAAGUGCCAGUGGCAAGGCAUCAUGGGAGAUGUGUUCAUGAGGCUGACCAGCAAAGAGAGUGAUUUUCUUGAUUACUAUGUGGCGUACCUGAAGGAGCUGCCCGAAUGCCUGUCUGCAGUCAACAUGUACAGUGCCUCCUCUCUCAAAGCAGCUGGACUGUUUGAGGGUGAUGUGAUUGGCAAUGAGAAUCGCCCUCCCCUCCACAUGCUGCUCCUCCAACCAGUGCAACGUAUCCCAGAAUACCUUAUGCUUCUACAGAACCUGAUGAAGCAGACGGACUCAGAGCACCCAGAUUACUACCUGCUGCUGAUCUGUAUCCAGCAGUUUCGGGCCUUCACUGGACAGUACAGCCACCUCCUCCAGCACAACGAGGAGCUGCUGCUGCAGAACAGAAAGGAGCUCAAAAGGUCUGCCAUGAAGCAAUUCUUCAAGACUGUGGAUUGUGGUGUCCAGGCUGAUGAGAUGGGAUCCCCCUUUCCCUCCAGCAAGGCCCUGCUUCUGCAGUCAGUCUGUUCGCUCACCUCCCCCCCCCCUGCUUUCAGACAGCAUGCGAGCCAAGUGAAGAGGAGCAAGCAGAGGCUGCUGGAGCAGAUGCAGACAAAGCGCUUCCCGGACUGGGAGGCCGAACCACGGCGCUACGACACCGCGGACGGGGUGACGGCGGUCCCCUUCUUCACCCCCGAUGCAGACCCCCGCCUCAAGAGCGCCGCCCUGCAGAGCAUCCCCGAGACGGAGCAGGAGGCAGGCUCCAUGGAGGGCCUGCCCUGCGGCCGUCUUCCCCCGGGCUCCUCCGUGCUGGCCGACGCCAUAGGAGAGUUCCUGAUGUCCGGGGAGGCGGCCGGCCUGGAGGGGCUGUACGAGGACGGGGACUCCCUCCACAACGUCUCCCUCUUCGACAACUGCUCCACCGCCUCCUCCGACUCCAGCGUCGACAUCGCCUUUGUGCGUUGCCCCAAGAGCCACGACCGGGAGCCCUACGCCGGUGGUGGCGGAGCGGGCCGGGACGGGGGCUAUAAGUUCCCCAGCCGCGGCUGCGUGUCACCGGAUGAGGCCGGCCUGAUGCGCCACCGCCCCCUGCAGGCCGUCCAGCGCAAGAGCAAGUCCCUGAACGGCCUGCAGCUGGACAGCACUGUCGUCGCGGACAGCAGCCCGGCCAAGAGCCACGGCUCCCACGCCAAGCUGGAGCGGCAGCCCAGCAAGGGCUCCACCAACCGUAAGCUGCAGAGGAGCGUCAGCCCCCCACAGAAGCAGGAGGAUGAGGGCCGGGCUGCAGCCGACGAGGAGCUCCGCAGAGACCACGACAAGGACUCUGGCGGUCAGCCCUGGGUGGAGCAGACCAGGUGGAGGGGCGGCUCUGAAAACGGCCAGUCCGCCUUCAGCGAGAGGAGCCGCAAGCAGGACCAGAAAGGAGGCUUCAGGAGCUCCUUCAAAAAACUCUUCAAGAAAAAGUCUGGGGGAGACGGUAAGGACAAGUCCAACGACAAGUCUGAGUCCCAAACAUACAGUGAUCAUGAAUCCAUGAAGACACCAAGAGUUACUCGGCUUGGAGACAUCGACAGGGGAACAGCAGUGUGAUUCCACACCGCCCUCUAGUGGAAAAAAUUAACCUCUGCAAU